AUGGUUUCCCCCAUCUUUCUGUCUCUUGUUCUGCCCGUUGCUGUCAACGCAUUGUCGCCUUAUGUUCCAGUACCGGCGGCUUGUCCGUCGGGACCCCUCGUUCGACCUGCAAAUGGUUUGUCCGACGAUGAAGAGACGUACAGAGUGGCCAGAAAGGCGGUUGCCGAUGAGGGCCUGAAGGCUUGGUUAUUGAAGACGAACCCGCAAUUUCAUACUGAUAAUUUGCCAACAGUUGCCUUGACUACCAGCGGUGGUGGGUAUAGAUCGCUUCUCAGCGGCGCCGGCGUAAUUCAGGGUCUUGAUGGCCGGGACAGUAAUGUCAGCACAAGCGGCUUGUUCCAGGGCUUAACUUACCAAGCCGGUCUCUCCGGUGGAUCUUGGCUUCUAUCCUCGUUUUCUGGGAACAACUACCCAACCAUCAGCUACUUGAAAGAAAACUUGUGGAAGCAGGCUUUUCAAGACAGUCUUUUUGAUCCCGAUUAUCUCUUGGCAGCAGUUGCCUACGCUGAUAUCAUCACGGACAUUGCCGAAAAAGACCUCUCAGGUUUCCAUACGACCCUUACGGAUCCAUGGGGAAGACUCCUAUCCUACCAACUCCUCGGAGGUUCCGAUGGGGGUGCAGCGGUCACCCUUUCAUCAGUCGCUGAACUUUCAAACUUCACAUCCCAUGCGGUCCCUUAUCCGAUUAUCACGAGUCAGGGUGUGAAGACGUGGCUCGGAGAGUGUGUUCCAGGACCGAAUUCGACGGUUUGGGAGUUUUCACCCUAUGAAUUCGGCAGCUGGGCUAGCGAUGUCAGCGCCUUCACUCAAACACGGUAUCUUGGCACUGAGAUGCAGAAUGGAGCGCCCGUCGGGAACUGCACUUCGAAUUACGAUAAUCUUGGUUAUGUACUCGGAACGUCCAGUAACCUCUUCAACGAGGUGUGCAUCAGCGCGCCUGAUGGAAAUGGUGGCUCCAACAUCACGGAUGACCUUGUCAAGAUCCUUGAUGUAGUACACCAAGUUGGCACAGAAGACCAAUACGCCACCUAUCGGAACCCAUUCUUCGAGUAUAACUCGUCAACAGGGACUACCAAUUCAGCCAACAACGUUUCUGCACAGGAGAACUUAAGCCUAGCUGACGGCGGCGAGGCGGGGCAGAACGUUCCCCUCUUCCCACUCCUCCAACCAGCAAGGAACAUUUCGGCCAUCAUUGUCAAUGACAACUCGGCCGACACCAACAACUACCCCAAUGGAUCUUCGCUUCUCACAACAUAUGUUCAAUCACUCAACAGUGGUCUGAAGCGCAUGCCCUUCAUCCCUUCCGUUGAGACGUUCCUCUCCAAGGGUCUCAAUAAGAGAGCCACCUUCUUUGGGUGUGCGGAACCGAGUAAGAUCACCAUCGUGUACCUCCCGAACGCCAACUUCACAUUCGCGAGCAAUGUGUCCACCUUCCAACUCCAAUAUGAGAAAUCGGAGACGGACGCCAUGAUCGCUAACGGCGUGGAGGUUGCGAGUCAGGGGGGCAAGGAAGGGUGGGGCACGUGCUUGGGAUGUGCACUGAUGAUGAAGACUGGUCAGAUAUUACCAGAUGAUUGCCAGGAUUGUUUUAACGAAUAUUGCUAUUAUAACUCAUGA